AUGAAAAAGUCGAAAUACGAAAGCUUAUGGGAAUCUCCUAAACAUGAUAAAACAUUUUCUGAUGCAAUUGAAGUGAGUUUAUAUCGAUUACAAAAAAAAAAAUUGUUAAUUGACUCUACUGAAGAUGAAAUAUCUGAUCAAUCUAUUCGUCUUGGAGUUAAAAUAUUCAAGGCUAUAAUGAAUGUAAGAAAAAGCUUUUUAAUGAAGGAAAAACUAAAAGAACUUAAUGUCAAACUCAAAGAGAAUAAAGAAGAAGAAGAAAUAAGUGAAGAUGACAUACAGAAUGAAUCCAUGUGCAUUGAUCAUCAACAAGUGUCAGAAACAUUAGACAAACAUCAAAAGUCUUUUGUCUAUGAAAUUUCAGAGAGUGAAUCUGAUGUUCCUGAAAUGAAUAAUGAUCAAACGAUAAACAACUCUACUUACUCACUUGGAUAUGAUGAAGAAGUUGAAGAAUAUUCAACGAUGGACGAGAAUCAAAUGUUAUUGUCUAAUGACAAUAACAAAUUGAAGUGUACUUCAUCAGCUGUAAUUUUAUCAGAACAAAACAUACAACAGGUUGAUACAGGUGGUGUUAAAAGAAAACUGAUGGAUAAUGACAGUAAUUUACUAACAACACAAAACAAACGACUAUGUGUUGUUGAAACAUCAAUCAACCAACAGUCUGGACCAAGCAGUACUAGUGCUCCAAAAAAUUACGCAUUAAAAGAAAAAACUUUAGAUAGAAGUUUGCAUAAUGAACAAAAUGCAUGGAAACCAAUAGCACGUUUGCAAAUAAAUAACAUAACACCUGAUUAUGAAACACAAGCACUCUAUAAAAAAGUACAGUGUAUAUUGAAUCAACUAACAGCAGAAAACAUGGAUAAAUUGACUCAAGAAGUUAAAGACUUGAAUAUCAAUACACGUGAAAGAUUACAAGGUGUUGUUAAUUUAAUAUUUGACAAAGCUAUCAAUGAACCCAAUUCCACAGCAAUAUAUACAGUAAUGUGUAAAAAAUUAGCAGACAUGCAAGUUGAUAUGAGACAAGAAAAUGAAACAAGUUUUCAUAUUUUAUUAUUAGCACAUUGUCGACAUGAGUUUAAAAAUACUACUAUUGAUAAAUAUGCACGUGAUGCUAAACUCAAAGAAAUUAGAAAAUGUAAUGAUAUUGAGAAGAAGAAAAAACUAAUAUCAUCACUUAUUGAUGCUGAUCGUCCUUUAACUGGGAAAGCAGUUGGUAAUAUAAGAUUUAUUGGUGAAUUAUUUAAACAAGAUAUGCUUAAAACUUCCAUUAUUGAUAGAUAUAUAAAAGAUUUAUUGACACCAGUUGAUUACAAUAUUGAAUGUCUUUGUAAAUUAUUAACAACAAUUGGUGCAAAACUAGAAAAAUCAAUGAAUAAUAAUUUUGAUUACUAUUUUAAUCGAAUGUCUUCAUUAGCCAGUAAUGAAAAACUAAGCUCAAGAGUCAGAUAUAUGGUUCAAGAUGUCAUUGAUUUAAGAGCACAAAACUGGAUACCAAAAAGAGAUGAUGAGAGUUAUCCAACAAUAAUGAAUCAAUUCAAUAACAAUGGCAGUCAACAAUAUCAUACACAAAAAGCAGGAAUUGCAGAGAAAGCAACACCACGUUUGCCAGUAAGUAACGAAACUAAUGAUUCUCCAAUACAAGCAUUUCAUGAAAAAGUACGUGAUAUAUUGAAUAAAUUAACACGAGCAAACAUUGGUGGAUCGACUCAACAAAUCAAAUUAUUGGGUAUUAAUACUCAUGAAAAAUUAAAAUGUGUUGUUGAUUUAGUUUUUGAAAAAGCUAUUGAUGAACCAAACUUCGAAGCAGUAUGUGCAGCAUUAUGUGAACAUAUGCGGCAAAAAUUAUGCCAACAAAAAUUUGUUGUUGAUGAUAUAAAACAGAAUAACAAUAAAAAACAAAGAAAGCGUUUGACAUUUCAAGCUUUAUUAUCAGCACGUUGUGAAAAUGAGUUUGAAAGUGCUACUGUUAAUGAAGUUGCACGUCGUAAUAAACUCAAAGAAAUUGAGAAAUGUAAUGAUAUUGUAAAGAAAAAAGAGCUGACAGUAUUACUAAAUAAUGCUGACCAUCUUUCAUGUAUAAAAUCAGCUCGAUAUUAUAAAUUUAUUGGUGAAUUAUUUAACUGCACUCUUAUUAGGAAGGUUUUUUUAAAAAAAUGUGCAAAUUUUUUAUUAACAAUACCAGAUGAAAGAAAAAUUGAGUGUCUUUGUGAAUUAUUGAAAACAAUUGGUCAAAUGCUGGAAACUUCAAACGAUAAUCAUUUUAAUUGCUGUUUUCAAGAAGUGAAUUCUUUAGCUCUUAAUGAACAACUAAGCUCAAGAGUUAGAUGUAUGCUUCAAGAUGUCAUUGAUUUAAGAGCUCGACAGUGGGAACCAAUAAGAGACGAAAAUAAUACAAUGAAACAUGUUGAUGAAGAACGUGCAUCAUCAAAAAAAGAUGAUAAAAAUAUUGAAGGUGAACUUAAAGUGAAAGCAACUAAAAAUGUUGCUAUUGCUACAUCAACUUCAAUGGAAGCCAACCCACAGACAUCAAUUCGAUUCCCCGGAUACUGGAGCGAAUACAGACCUUUAUACAGAAUAGAAAUUCAACCUAAAAAUUAUAGGGUCUAUACUUAUCUUUUUUAA